AUGUAUAACCAUAGCCAUCAUACUGCCACUACCGCCAACACCAAUGACGGUCGUCAGCACCUCUAUCAUCCUUACGCAGGCAAUAGACGCCAUUCGGCAAGUAGUCUCGGAUACCCCAGUAGCACUGGUAGCAGUUAUCCAUACGGUCCAGCCGGUUUACCUAGUUUUGCCGUACAUUCUUCACCACGGCCACCCAUCAUACCACGUCCCAAACUGACCACGACCCUUUGGGAAGAUGAAGGCACAAUUUGCUACCAGGUCGAUGCAAAUGGUAUUUGUGUGGCUAGACGACACGACAAUGAUAUGAUUAAUGGAACGAAAUUACUCAAUGUUGCCGGCAUGUCGCGAGGUAAACGCGAUGGCAUUUUAAAGAAUGAAAAAGGCCGUGUAGUGGUCAAGGUUGGAGCGAUGCAUCUCAAGGGCGUGUGGAUCACGUUCGCUCGAGCCAAGGCGCUCGCUUCACAAUACAAGAUUGUGGACAUUUUGCAUCCUCUCUUUGUGGACAAUCCAAGCAACUACCUGUAUGCAUCGCCGAUACAUCAUACCCAUCAUAAUCACGGUGCUGCAGCUGCAGCUGCUGCUGCAAGCAUGACUGGCCUAUCUCCUGCAGCGCCAACGACUAGCACUGCAGGAAGCCGCAUAGACAGUGGGUUUUCUACUGCUUCCGGAAUCACCGGUGGUGGUGGUGGCGGCGGUGCGUUUAGACAAGCGCCGUUGAGUCAUCAUCAACAUCAUCCAUCGUCUCCACCCUCGUUAUCAUCACAGCAGAUGUCUUCACCACAUGCAUUCCAACCUCCACAAGGUAACUUUACAGAACUCUCUUGCCCUUCAUGA